UGAGGAGGCAACCGCGGUGCCGGUCGCAGGAGCCGGCGGCGGAGCCAUGGCGGGCGCCCCGCAGGAGAACACGCUGCUCCACCUCUUCGCCGGGGGGUGUGGGGGUACAGUUGGUGCCAUUGUUACAUGUCCUUUAGAAGUAAUAAAGACCAGGCUCCAGUCUUCAAGGCUAGCGUUCCGGACUGUCUACUAUCCUCAAGUCCAGUUGGGGACGAUCAGUGGGGAAGGAAUGGUCAGGCCGACAUCUGUAUCACCUGGACUUCUCCGGGUUCUAAAGUCAAUUUUGGAGAAAGAAGGACCAAAGUCACUCUUCCGAGGAUUGGGUCCAAACUUGGUUGGAGUGGCGCCAUCAAGGGCGGUCUACUUUGCAUGCUACUCCAAAGCCAAGAAGCGAUUUAAUGGCAUUUUUGUGCCCAACAGCAACAUUGUGCACAUUUGCUCAGCAGGCUCUGCAGCUUUUGUCACAAAUUCCCUGAUGAACCCUAUAUGGAUGGUGAAAACCAGAAUGCAGCUGGAGCGGAAAGUCAGGGGUUCAAAGCCGAUGAAUGCUUUGCAGUGUGCUAGAUACGUUUACCAGACAGAAGGGGUCCGUGGUUUUUACAGAGGCUUGACGGCCUCCUAUGCUGGGAUUUCGGAGACCAUUAUCUGCUUUGCUAUUUAUGAAAGUUUAAAGAAGCACCUGAAGGAUGUCCAGCUGCCCCCUUCCCCUACUAAUGGGACCAAGAGGACCUCCACAAACUUUUUUGGACUGAUGUUUGCUGCUGCUGUUUCUAAGGGCUGUGCCUCCUGUAUUGCUUAUCCGCAUGAGGUCAUACGGACAAGACUGCGAGAGGAAGGCACAAAAUACAAGACUUUCUUUCAGACGGCUCGUCUGGUAGCACGUGAGGAAGGCUACCUGGCUUUCUAUAGAGGACUCUUUGCGCAGCUCAUCAGGCAGAUACCAAACACAGCCAUUGUGUUGUCCACCUAUGAGCUAAUUGUGUACCUGUUGGAAGACCACACUAAGUAGCAGAGCCAGGGAGCAUCCUCUGGAAAAUAAAAACUGACAUUGAGCAAAUAGUCAUUAAGAGACUGAUACAGGUGAUGAAGAUGGAGAAUAGCUAUGAGUCUCUGAUCACCUGCUGGACACUUUUCCUUUUGGAUUCAUGCUUUCUGGAAGGUUUCAACUCAUUAACGUUAAUAGUUAAUUAUAACUUUUUAACUUAAGGAGAGAUGAUUCAGAAUUAAACUGCUACUAAAUUAAAUCAUGCUAUUUAAUUUG